CAGAGGCACGGUGGCCCCGGGCUGCAGGUCACAAACACAACUGAUCCAGAAGAACGUGUUGCGUUCAGUUUGACCUUGAGUUCUGUGUUGUGCACUUCAGGGCCACCGCACAGCGCGUCGGACUCCUGCACCAUGUUCAGUCGGCAGCCGUGUUUAAGUGACUUUACGUCCUGUGGCGUCCGGGCUGCUGCUGAUUGGACAGUUUCACUGUGAUCAGGAAAUAAAAGACUACACGAGAAGAGUCUCCAGUCAAAUGUGAUGAAAACAACCGGACGCACUUCUACGAACCUGCGCAAGUCUGUUGACAAAACUUUCAGCGGCUUCAUCACUUCCUCUUUCGACUGUUACAACCAGACGCUGCUGCUGCUUCAGUCGGCGGCUCGGCGGAGCUCCGCUCGGUGUUUAUCAGCGGGACGUUCUAAAACACUCGACGCGAAAAGGUCACGUCGUCGUCUUCUUCUGAAAAUGUCCCGGUUCUAAAGUGAGGGUGUGUCACUGUGUGUUGGCAGCAUGGGGAACCUGAUCAAAGUGUUGACCAGGGACAUCGACAACAACGGGGGAAACUUCUUCCUGGAUUUUGAGAAUGCUCAGCCCUCGCAGUCGGAGACGGCGGUGUGGGAGGAGGUGAACCAGGUGCUGACGGAGGCCCGGGUGAUUCUGGACGACCUGCAGACGUACCGAGGAGCGGGAGAGGAGAUCCGACAGGCCAUCCAGAGUCCAGGCGUGGAGCGCGUGCAGGAGAAGGCCUGGUCGUCCGUCGUCCCUCUGGUCGCUAAACUCAAAACCUUCUACGAGUUCUCCCAGAAACUCGAGUCCAGUCUGCUGCGGCUGCUCGUCGUCCUCACCUGCUCCGGAUCGACUCCCACUCAGCACUUGGAGCAGAAACAGGCUCUGGCUCGUCAGUUUGCCCACAUCCUGCACUUCACCCUGCGCUUCGACGAGCUCAAGAUGACCAACCCCGCCAUCCAGAACGACUUCAGCUACUAUCGCCGAACCAUCAGCCGCAUGCGGAUCAACAACCUGUCGGGCGACGCAGGCAGCGAGGUCAACAACGAGCUGGCCAAUCGGAUGUCUCUGUUCUACGCCAGCUCCACGCCGAUGCUGAAGACGCUGAGCGACGCCACGUCGAAGUUCGUCUCAGACAAUCCCGAUGUCCCGAUCGAGAACACGACCGACUGUCUGAGCACGAUGGCCUGUGUGUGUAAAGUGAUGCUGGAAACACCGGAGUAUCGCAGUCGUUUCACCAGUGAGGAGACGGUGUUGUUCUGCCUCCGUGUGAUGGUCGGCGUCAUCAUCCUGUACGACCACGUUCACCCGGCCGGAGCCUUCGUCAAGACGUCCAACAUAGACAUGAAAGGCUGCAUCAGAGUUCUGAAGGAGCAGCCGCCCAGCGGCGUGGAGGGACUCCUCAACGCCCUCAGGUACACGACCAAGCAUCUGAACGACGAGGCUACCUCCAAGCAAAUCAGAAGCAUGCUGCAGACAAACUAACUCCACGCUGCCGCUCCAGGGUUUCGUCCAAAAUUUCAAAAAGAACUACUGAACAAAACUUAAGCUAGUAUUUCCCUGUUUUUAUUUUAUUUUUGUAUUUUUUUACUCUUUUUUGUAAAAAAAAAAGUGGAGUGAACAUCACGUCAACAACAGCUAUGAUGCGUCAAUCAAUGAGACGAUUGGUUUCUUAUUACCAUUAUCAGAACAGUUGACUGUUUUUUUUCUGUCCUUUUCCCGCCAGCAGCUGAGACCCGUCAGUUCUCAGGGAUUCAGACACGUUGUAAUGCCGGACUCUCCCACGGCACGACCGAUCGUCCGACCGAUCAAAGCCUUGUGGGUGUAAUUCAGAAUUCAAGAAAAAUCGAUAGAUGCAGACUAUAUAUGUAUAUAUAUAUAUGUUAUGUCAGAAUCCAUGGAUGUGAUUAUAGUAUAAAAUCACCGUUAAUAUACAUUCAAAUGCUCUUCAGCCUCUUGUGGUCAAAAUUAGCAUUACAACAACAACCGAGGGAAGAAGGAGAACAUCAGGAACGACCGCGGACGUUCUGCUCCAGUGAAAAGAAACGGAUCCUGAAAACUGAAAACGCGUUUGUCCGUCAGCUCGUCGUUUUCUCCCGAUGUGACGUGAACGCAGCGUUGGCAGAUGUGUUAGCCGCCGCGUCGUGACAGAUAAACACGUCGUUUGUCACGAAGGAAUCCCAACACACGGUGUUCAGUAACAUCAACGCUGCCUGAUGAUCCUUCCUUUUCUCCGAACCUUCCUGCAUUAUAAAAAGUAAUCGACUGAUGUUUGUCUGCACAUCAAGUGUUAAUAAUGAAUUCAGCAAAAAUCUUUUUUCAUUUUCACUUCAAACAAAUUAAGCAAAUAUAAUUCAGGGCUGGCGUUGCCGCUCACUGUCUCCACGGCAACAUUUGACUUCCUGGUCCCAUUCAAAGUUUCUCUUCACACGAGUGAAGUUUUGAACGGGACAUUUGAGAAAAACACUCCAACACUGUAACAAACAUGCUAACUGCUAGCAUGCAGCUAGCAGAAGGAGCAGCACGGUGAUGAGGACGACGCGGUACUGAUGAUGAUGAUGAUGAUGAUGAUGGUGAUGAUGACUGGAAUCUAUUACAAGCUUUGUGAUUUUAUUUUGUCUUGUAUGUUGUCACCGCAGCUCCAGAGAUCCUGUGGCAUUAUGAUACAUUUUUUCAGGAUGUAUGUGUCGGCCAAAUAAAGUCUUUUAACAUUUUUAA